UUCCUGGUUAUUCUUUCUCUCUCUGCUUUUUAUAAUGUCUACAUCCAAAUUAUGCAGGAAACGUACCAAUGUGGGUUCUGGUUGUCGUGUUAAACCUUAACAGCAAGAAUCUCUCUCUCUCUAUCUCUCCAUUAAUACACACCUAUUCUUCUUCUUAGUAUAAUGCCAUCAACUAUCAACCAAUUCAUUUAUCUGAGUCUCCCUUUUGGUUUGGUACCUUCUCUCCAGCGUUCUUACCUUCUCCCAUGACUAUACGAAUAGAAUAAUCGAAAUAUAUUUGCAUCUUUUUGUCACAGAACGCAUUAUAUUUAUCUUUCUCUAGUGUAAAAUUCUCUCCUCUCCUCCAAAGCAAAGUAGCUGAACUCUUAACUUUUUCUCUCUCCACCUUUCUUUAUUCCUUUCUCCUUUAAACAUCCUUUUUGGUUUCUCGGUUUCUGUGUUCUUAUAGAGAUCCGCUACAAAAUGGGGUUUUCCCAACGUAGUUUCACCAACUCUAUAGACCCUCUUCACAGUUCAAUCCCUACAAGCAAUACUUCCGCUAUAUCCACUGAUCAGUACUGUAACUAUAAUGAGGUAAAAAUCAAAUCUUUAUUCUACAAAAUGAUUUGGGAAAUUGGGUUUGGUUGUAUUCUCCCACCUCGCCGGCGGCAAGAAGAUCGGGCCGACACUGAGAAGGGUGACAACAAAUUAGAGCACAACAAGGCUUGGUUGCUAGCGGAAUCUGGUGGUUGUGCUGCAGAGUUGACAAAUGCUGAACCACACUCAGUUCACUCCUCUUUCAGGUUCAGUUUCUGCUCUCAAGUUGAACUCGAAUCAAUGAAUGUGAAUAAUUCUUCUUCUGCAACCGUUUUGAUGGUGAAUUUGGACAAUGGAGUGACCGAAUCUCGAUCAAAAGAACUAAAAUGGCGAAGAAUUGAGUCCUUGGAAAGGAGUAUUUCUCCUGUGGCACAUACCUUGAUUAGAUUCAGCUAUGCUGAAAUUCUUGCUGCUACUCGCAAUUUCUCAAAAGGCAGAGUUUUGGGUAGAGGUGCAUUGAGUUAUGUUUUUAGAGGAAGAGUUGGGGUUUUGAGGAGUGCUGUAGCAAUUAAGCGGUUGGAUAAGGAAGACAAAGAGUCUCCAAAGGCAUUUUGUAGGGAAUUGAUGAUUGCUAGCUCUCUUCAUAACCCAUUUAUUGUUCCUCUCAUUGGCUUUUGCAUUGAUCCCGAGGAGGGUUUGUUUUUGGUGUACAAAUAUGUAUCUGGUGGAAGCUUGGAGCGGUAUUUGCACGAGAAGAAGAGGGGAGUGAAGGAUGGUUCAUCACUUUCAUGGUCUGUGAGGUAUAGGGUUGCCAUUGGAAUUGCAGAGGCAGUCGGGUAUUUACACAAUGGAACUGAGAGAUGUGUUGUGCACAGAGACAUUAAGCCCUCAAACAUCCUUCUCUCUUCUAAGAAAAAGCCCAAGUUAUGCGACUUUGGAUUAGCUACUUGGACCACGGCACCUUCAGUACCUUUCCUUUGCAAAACUGUGAAAGGAACAUUUGGAUAUUUGGCUCCUGAAUAUUUCCAGCAUGGGAAAGUGUCUGAUAAAACUGAUGUUUAUGCUUUUGGCGUGGUCCUCUUGGAACUGAUAAGUGGCAGGAAGCCAAUCGAAACAAAAAGAGGACCUGGAGAAGAGAACUUGGUCUUGUGGGCAAAGCCAUUAUUGCAGCAAGGAACCAUUGAAGUUUUGCUUGAUCCAAGGCUCACCUUCACUAAAAAAAAUUCAAAACAAAUAACCCGAAUGGUUCAAGCUGCAGCUGCAUGUAUAAACAACGAAGAAUCCCGGAGGCCCAACAUUGAUGAAAUUAUUUCAAUAUUGAGAGGAGCAGAAUCUAAUUUCCCCAACAGGAAGAAAUCUGGCUUCCCUGGUAAUAAUUGUGUCGUUGAUUGCUACUCUCAGUUGCAGCAGACAAAAAAUGAAAUGAAGACUCAUUUAGCAUUGGCCAUGCUAGGAGUUUCAGAGCUUGAGGACGACGAUCACCUAUACUGUCGAUGAAAUGGAAACAAUUCGAACAAUCUAAUUUUCACCCCCCUAUUUUAAUUGUGUGUCUGUCUUGCUUGAAGGGGAAGCCCUUGCAGAGCUGGAUGAGCUUUUCAAAAGUGUAUAUAGUCUGAUGAGCAAUUGUGUUUGUAGUUGUACAUACUUGCAUGUCCUUGCCCUUUGCUUUAGAGGGAAGGUUGACAGAUUUUUCUUUUGCAAAAUCUUGGAGUGCUGAUUUGAACCACACUGCUGAACGAUUCUUUAUGUUGAUCUUUAAACACAUUCUCUGUUCUCUGUC